GCAUUAACUAAGACUAAAUUAACAAUAAUGGAAAUCCCUCCUCCUUUGCUCAUCCUUGUGCCGGCGGCCUUCGCCACCACUUUUCUACUAAUCGCCUUUACCCAGAAAAUUUUCCGUCAAAACAAAUAUGUGGGCCGAAAAGUGCCCGAAGCCGGCUUUGCAUGGCCCAUAAUCGGCCAUUUCCACCUCUUCGCCGCCAACAAACGGCCCACUCACCACAUCCUCUCCGACAUGGCCGACAAAUACGGCCCGAUAUUCCGGCUGAGGCUCGGCCCGCGUGAAGUCGUGGUGGUGAGCAACUCCCGGAUCGCCAAAGAGUGCUUCACCGUCAACGACGCGGCUCUCGCGGGCCGGCCCAAGUCCAUUUCCACCGAGAUCUUGGGCUCCAACUACGCUAGCUUCGGGCUCGCUCCGGCCGGCCCGCUUUGGCGGGAAGUCCGCAAGGUCGUCGUGCUGGAGCUGCUGUCCAGCCGCCGCCUCGACGCGCUCCGGCGCGUCAGGCAAACCGCGCUGAAAACGUUCUCCCGGGACAUCCACCGGAGCUGGCUGGCGGCCGACGAGAAAGGCCAGCCCGGUGGUGCCGCCGUGAUGCUUGACAUGAAGGAGUGGUGCUGGAAAUUAGUCACCGGGAUUAUGUUCCAGGUACUGAUUGGGCAGCUGGAUGAGGAGGAAUGGAGGCGGGCGGCGGAGAGGGUGGAGAGAUUCUUUAAGCUUAUGGGUGCGUUGGUGGCAGGUGAUUUCCUGCCGUGGCUGAGGUGGAUGGACAUUGGAGGAUAUGAGAAGGCCAUGAAGGAGUCUAACAAAGAGAUGGAAGAUCUCAUGGAAGGCCUGCUUCAAGCACACAAGAGGGAAAAGGGUGAGAAACCGAAGGAGGAAGAAGACUUCAUGGAUGCACUGAUUUCCCACUUCGAUGGCAGCAAAGAAAUUGCAAAUGGUUUUGAUGCUGACACAGUUAUCAAAUCAACAUGCACGACAUUGUUGGCAGCGGGUACAGAUACAACUGCAAAUUCAUUGACAUGGGCUUUGUCUUUGGUCUUGAAUAAUGAGGACGUAUUGAAAAAGAUUCGAGACGAACUGGACAUGCAUGUUGGGAGAGAAAGGCUAGUCAACGACGCUGAUAUAAACAAUUUGAUUUAUCUUCAAGCUGUAGUCAAAGAAACAUUGCGUUUGCAUCCACCAGGACCCCUCUUGCUACCCCAUGAGGCUCUACAAGAUUGCACGAUUGACAACUACUUUGUCUUCAAGGGCACACGUUUAUUGGUAAAUGUGUCAAAGAUUCAUCGUGACCCAAGCUAUUGGAUGGAUCCCGACAUAUUCAAACCAGAGAGAUUCUUGACAAAUCAACACAAGGAAAUUGAUGUGAGAGGCAAACACUUGGAACUAAUUCCCUUCGGAAGUGGAAGGAGAAUAUGUCCAGGAAUUUCUUUUGGGAUUGAAAGUGUGCAAUUAGGAUUGGCUAACAUUGUUCACAGAUUUGAUGUGAGAAGGCCUUCAAGUGACCUCAUUGACAUGUCCGAAGCUAUUGGACUAGGUGCUGCAAAGGAGAUUCCCCUGCAAGUUCUCAUCACUCCACGGUUGCCUUUUCAUCUCUACCUUUGAAAAGUUUCACAAUCUACAAUAAUGAUGAAAUAAACGAAAUUACUAAAAAUGGAGUACACAUAGUUUAGCAUGAGUACUAAGUUUGAUUGUGAUUGGUAUGAUGUAAAAUACUCCGUAAGUAUUUGCACACAUGACAAUGUAAGCUUUGUGUGUAAGUGUGUAAUCAAGGAAAAGCACAAGGGAAAGAGGAUUUGAAAAUUAUAUCGAAUAUGUUGAAUAUCUAUGUAGGACUUCAUUGAACUUGUAGCAUGUUUGGGUUAGAAAAUAUGCAUAACUUUUUACAAGUAAUGAGAAGACUAUGUUUAAU